GUCGUUCCCGAAAACGGGAACGCCUUCUCUCCAGCCAAGCCACAUCGAACCGCCCGUUGAGUGUUGAGUUCGCGGGAUAAUCAAAAAUUCCUGACGUAAUGGCUGCGUAGAUGGAUUCACGACUUUAAUUGCACACAAUCGGGUGGUUCCUGGCGUCAUGUCGGACAUUUGCAAAGGUUGCGGCGAGCUGCAAUGCGAAGCAGCUGAGAACGUCCUAUUUCACGCAUUUCCGGACGACGAUGAAAAGCGUCUCUUGUGGGAGCAGCGAUGCAUUGAAAUAAAUAACGACUUUGAUGCCAAUUCGCACGAGCUUGUCGACGGACAAAACUGGACGGUUUGCAGUCGCCACUUCAAAAAGGACGACUACAUUUCCAUCAACAAUGAUAUUCACAUCCUCAAGCCAAACGCCAUUCCAUCAGUUUUCAUGAGUAGAAGAACAAUGACUCAAGUUGCGUUUAAAACUCCCGAAGUACUGCAGCCCCAGUUGGCCAGUCUGCCGGAAAACUUCAAGAUCUUGACUCCAGUUACUGGUACACGAAAGCAGUCUCUUGCUGUUGGCCAGAAGUGUCAAAUCAAAGUUACGCACAUCUCGGAAAAGGACAAGCUUAUCUACAAACCUUUCAAUCAUGUUGCUGAUGCACAUAACUGGAAAAGCCGAUGUCGCUUGUGUGCAAAGGUGUGGAGUGCCAGUUUUUUGUUCAAUCUGUUCGGCGAUAAGGCCAACGACCUCAAUCUUGUUGAGCGAAUCAACACAUUUCUGCCAGUCAAGGUUGACUUGAGUGACCAUCUACCCCUGAAAGUAUGCAAGCACUGCAUACAGAAAAUUGAGACCUUCCACGAUUUCAGAGAGCAAUGCCGAGCAACGCAAUCUGAAUUCAACGAUGAGGCAACUCGAUUUGCUCUUGUGAAAGCUUUGGAAGCCCAAGAUGAAUUGUCAAAACAAGCAGCUGCACAAGAAGAAGCGUCCACCAGUGUUGAGAUUUCAGUUCAGGAAGGCACCUCUCAGAUAGAACCUCCUCGCAAAAGAGGUCGAAAGUCCAACCCAGCCAGGGACGUUCCUACAAAGCGGGUGAAAAUCUUUCGAAAAGCAAGCCAGCCCAAAACAAGGAAAAAUGAAGCUGCUUCAGAAGAUGACGAUUUGGAAUUCACUGUUGAAGAGACGGGUCCAAUUAAAAUAGAGAAAGAAAUAGAAGAACCUGUAAAUAAGGGAGCGGCUCAGCCAAGUGGUGGAAUCAGAAGGUUCAAUUUGCGCAUUGCUCCGAAGCCGAACGUCAUUCUCGCCAACAUGGGCUUCCCCACAAUGCUCAUGAAGACUCAACGCUCUCCUGCGCAGCCAAAACCGAGCAUCCUUAGACAAAAGUUGAACAAAAGUCCUGAGCUGAAGGAACUCCAACCACCAAAGCUUCCGAAAGAGUUGCAAGAGCUACGGAAGAGAGACGUCAGGCAGCGGGGUCUGAGGCCUCGAAAUAAAAGGUACUUCAUGACACGAAAGCAGUACGGCGACAGGAUCAUCAACCAGAAGUGUGAUUCGAAGAAUUGUAAGGUCGUCUGCGACACUGUGCACAAGUUCUUGCAGCACAAGUACCUCUACCAUGACGAGAGCAACUUCUCCUUCUGCAAAGUCUGCAGUCAGGUGUAUGAAACUAAGCCCCGAAAUGUAGACAAUGGCCAUCGGCAUCUUCCAGAGCAGCACAAGUCGCUGCCAGUGCUGACCUUGCUCCAUAAUGAUAGCUUACCUCACCCUUCUUCAUAUUGCCACGAGUGUGACAAGGAAUUCCCCGACAGAAGCAGAUUGCUGCAGCACAACAAAAGUUGGCACGGCAACUACCACUGCAGCGAGUGUGGCAAAAUUUUCCCAGUUCUGUACGAAUUCAAGAAACACAUCCAGGACCACAUUUUCACCAAAGGGGGCCUUCCUCACCGCAUCACCAAGAAAAAGGGCAAGAACAAGUUCACGUGCGAGAUCUGCAAGGAGAGCAUGGACAAUUUCCUGCAGCUUAACAUCCACACCAUGAAGAACCACGACCAGCACUUCAAAUUCCUGCCAUGCGACUGCUGCAACAGCGUUUUCUUCACCGAGCAGCUGCUGCGACUGCACAAAGAGCUGCAGGCCAGCGGCGAAGUGCAGCUGUGCGAAAACUGCGGCUCGUUCUUCGCCACGGCCACCGAGCUCCGGGCGCACAAGAAGGUCUGCCUCACCAUCACCACCAAGCACAUGGCCUGCAAACACUGCAACCUGUUCAUCCACCCCAACAAGAUGAAGACCCACUUGACCUGGCACAUCACCAGACGCGAGCCGGAGAGGUGCAAGAAGUGUCUGCUGCCGAGGUGGUCGGCAGCCAAGCACAACUGCAAACUGUACCGGUGCGACGCGUGCCAGCUCAGCUUCAACGGCUACCCCACGUUCCUCACCCACAAACGCACCCACGUCGGCAAGGACGCGCGCUACUUCUGCAACGUCUGCACCGACGCCACCUUCGUCAGCUUCGAGGACCUGGCCGCCCACUUCAAGGACCACACUCCGUACGAGUUGAAGCAGUCCAGGCUGAAUUACAUCGCCAACAUGACGCAGCACCGCAUCUGCCCUGAGCCGCAGUGUCUGGAGGUGCUGCACAGGAAUGUUGUUCGCAAACACAAGAACAACAAACACAGCAAGAAGGUCCCUCCAAACCUGACGAAGGACGAAGUUCUGACGUGCCCGACCUGCAACGAAGUGCAGCCAGGCAUCAGCGAGUACAUUGAGCACCGUCUGGACCACGACACGGUGUAUGAGCUGCCCUGCUCUCACUGUGACUUGACCUUUGACAGCGAAACGAGACGCAACAUCCACAUCACUCGCAGCCACAACGAGGCAAGCAGGGUGACCUGCGACAUGUGCCUCAAGGUUUUCAACUCGAUGCAGAAGCUGCGGGUGCACGUGAUGCGCCACCUCAAGUACAAGCCGUAUGUGUGCAGGCAGCCCAACUGCAAGGCCUCCUACUACACCUUCGGCGACUGGAAGAAGCACUCGAUGCUGCACCUGGGCAUGAACCCCAACUACUGCAAGGCCUGCAACAAGCAGUUCAUGAAACCGGAAACGCUGGUGGCGCACAACAAGAAGUGGCACCCUGAAGCGGUGGUCGUCGACACCACCAAGACCGAAGAGGACUUGGCAGACGCCGACGUCAUCUACCAGUGCAGCAAGUGCUCCUUCCGCGAUCGCUCCGAGGCUGUGGUCAUCGAGCAUCUUGAGAGGGAUCACUUGAAAGAGGAAGAGGAGGAUUGCGAAAAGGUGCUCCUCGAGUUGGGAGGCGAGGGUGAAUGGUAGAUGGAUUGCAGGAAAAAAUUUAUUCGCCAAUAACCUCUUUUAAUUUCAAAGUAUUUUGAAAUCCACUGACUUUCGAGAAUAGGGAAAAACUCCCAAGUUGUAAAUAUUUGCUUUGGUUUGAAUAUAUUAUUGUUAUUAUUAUGCUUCUUUGUUUUUUAAAAUAGAUGAAGAAAAGACAUUGUUAAUUAAAUAAUCCUUUCUGUGGCAGAAAAUCUUAGUUCUGACUG